AUGACAGCCUUUACGCGUGACAAUGCGUUAUGCAAUGCCCUUGACACCGAAGAUUUGUAUACGUUGUCCUUACUAGUUAUACCAGGAAACGAAUUUUGCAGUAAAGCAUUGCUCCGUACAGAUUAUAUGAAGGAUAUUAUAAUUAAUUCCGUUGUUGGCGGUGGUAUUUGCGGCUCUGCAUAUUAUAACGGACCAACUGAACAAAACGACAACAAAAGGACUGACAUAACAUGUUAUCCUCAAGAUAAAACCAGAAAUCUUGCGUCUGUCAUAGUAGAGAUUCAGAAGAAGGUGACACAUGAGUUUAUUGUACGAUUAGUGCAAUAUUCGUUGAAUGUAUUUGAUCAAACAAAGAUUCUCCCAAUUGUUAUAGUCAUCAAUAUUGAUGGGUUCUCAAGCAAACAUUUUCGUGAGGAAGACUUUACCAAACGCGAUAAUGAGCCGUACUAUAUACUUUCCAGUUCGCUUUGGGCAAAACAAGUUCAUAUUUACAAUGCUGAUUCGAUCGCAUCACUAAUACAAGUACCAAUGCCAAAAAUAAUUGCGUUAAUUCACUUUCUAACACAGCAAAAAAAACAUAAAAUUUACAGAAUAUCUUUUCAAAUCUUUACCUGUGAAUCGAACAGCAAAGUAGUUCGGGAUAUUGAGAUUGAAUCCUUUUGUGAUGCUGUUGCAUCUCAAUUUAAAAAAGUUAUUCAUAAUAACACUUUAAACGAUGAAAUCUCACGGAAACGUAUUGAAAAAUACGCAGAGGAUGGUGUCAGCUUUGCGGAAAACUUUAAACGACGUUAUAUAGGGGAAGAAGAGUCCGUCUGUGUAACAUCUAUUCAAACCACUGAAUCCAAGGACCUUAUAUUUGUAAAGGAGUUCAUGAAACAAAACCAAGGCAAAUGA